UACAGUUGGAGAUAUGGCUCACAAGCCUGCAUAUUUCGUACCCGAUUCAAUGUCCGUUUGGAAUCUUCUUAGAGAGUUUCGAAUCAGGAAGGUUCACAUGGCUGUUGUACUUAAUGAGUAUGGCGGAACUGUGGGGAUUGUAACUCUUGAAGAUGUUGUUGAGGAAAUUGUUGGUGAAAUCUUUGAUGAAAAUGACUCAAAGGAGGAGAUUCAGAAAAAAACUGGUUACAUAGUAAUGCGAGCUGAGGGUGUAUUUGACGUUGAUGCGAACACAUCUAUUGAUCAGCUCUCUGAAGAUUUGAACAUCAAGAUGCCAGAGGUUCUUUACUUUUGAUUUACAUAUUUAUCUUCAGCAUCUCAACUUGUUAAUAGGUCUAAAACAAAAGAUUAAGUAGUUUGGGGAUUUCACAUUAGAACUUAGAAUAUAAUUGGUAUGAACCAAUUCUUUUAAAAGCUUAAACUAUUAUUUUUUGGGUG